CCUGGUACGCCUCCAGUCUCCGACAUAAGCGAUGUAAUUAGUAACGAGAUCAGGAUAUGAUCGGGCGCAAGAUUCUUAGUUUGUAAAACUGCUCAAAUCGAGCUAAUAUACAUUUUCGUGCUCCAGACGAUUUUGAAUACAAAAUGGUCGACAUUGAUGCCUUCGUUUUUGGGUCGAAAACCAUUAGGGAUAUGCUCUCAAACGAAAAUUUAGAUAGUGGUAUCGUGAGCGACUACAAUUCAGAUGAAGAUGAAACCGUUUCUCUCGACGGAAAUUUGGAUUUUUCGAAGAUAUUGCAUGAAAAGAUGAGGUAGGAAUUUGAUAAAUGAAUUUUACUUAUGCACAAAUCGGCGGAAUAUUAAGCAGUUGUUGCUGUUUGUCAGCUUCCAGCUUUCUCGAGCUGCACCUCCUUGAAGCGUGAAUUGUAACUCGAGACGAAUUAUUUAAUCAAGCUCCUCAAAAACUCCUUUCAAAGCAUCUCUCGUCUCGUCAUAUGUGUAUUGCUGGAGCGCAUAUUGGCAAUUUACAAUUGAAAAUUACAGCUUUAGGUUUAUGUAUUUCGAAGCAGACGGCUGAUCAAUUAAAUCGAUGUAUUGUUAAAGUUUAACAUACCGACAGACUCGUAAACGUAUUGUUUGCCGUGUCUUUCACGCUAUCGCGAUCAAAUCAAAUAUCAAAUUCUUUAGUUAACAAGAAUCCUUAGCAAAUUUUACUCGAAUCGAAACGCUAGAUUCUAUGUCGCAACGAAAUUAAGGGACUAAUUAGGUGAAUCAGCGAAGGAAACCAGCACACGCUUCGCUGAUUCACUCUUUGCUGUAUGUAGGUCAUGACCUUGUUUGUUCUGAUUGUGAUGACAACGUAACAAAUCGUAUAUAAAAUUACACUUCGCACUGACUGUAGUAUCAUUUUCACUGUGAGCUCUUCUCGCGAAGUUGUGCAAUUUGUUUUUGAGCUUCGUUUCUGAUUUGUCCGUAUUGCCGAGUGCCCUGGAGGUGUGAAUUGGACGAGAAUCUGAUAAACAAUCACGGUUGAGAAAAACAGGGUAGGUCGUAAUCUCUUUUUGAAGAAAGGUCAAGACGCUAACUGGUCUGAGGCAGCUCUUUGGUAUAGAAACCUUUACUAUGUCUUUCUUUUGGCAAACAAUUUUUUUUAUUCAGAAUGAGAUGAGAAUUUUGAUCGACAAUUUCUAUUAACAGUUUCGAUGAAGCUAAUUUUUGGAGCAGUUGGGUCGUCUGGCCCCAGUCAGCGCUGUCCCCUCGUAAACUUACAUAACAAUUUAUAAUAAGUUGAAAAAGUUAACCUGUCUCUGCCCUUUCGAUUUCGCAAUGACCUUUUUACUGGAAGGGUAUUUCUAGCCUUCACUAGCUCUAAGAACUCACGCAGUUUAAUUUUUUGAGGCGAAAAUUCCAAAAAAGAUGUGAUUAAUGUAAAUUUUGUUACAGUUAUUUUCUGCGUAACAAAGUCAAACACGUGCAUUUACACGUGAAUGCGUAGUUACAUAACUAACAUCCAUUAGGGGUUUGUUUUUGUUUGGAAGUACUAUUGUCAGUUGAGAGAAAUGAGAAACUUUUGAAUUAGCACUUGCUAGCAGAUGUGGUAACGAUGAUGAUGCUUUCUCUGGUUUUGGGUGUGGACAGAUGCUGGCAGCAUAAUGUAGGGGAAAUGACCUCCAGUAGGGUAGUUCAUCUUUAAUUGUGAGGGCACCCAAGUCAAAAGUGACCUUUAGCAUAGUCUAGAUACAUCUGUAGUAAUAUAUAUAUAUUACAUUCUGAAAUUUAUUUGGUUGAUUUUCUCAUUGUGCAAUGGAGGAACUAUGAAAAAGCUUUUUAGUUUCUUGCCUGUUAAUUCUUUGUUGAAUUAAAAAAACGAGAAAGGGUUUGUUUCUCAAUCAGGAAUGAAAGAAAAUUUAGAAGAUGGAGGGGAAAAAACCUUUAGAACAGUGUGGUUUACUUACCCAGACAGAGAGGGAUUUUUAAAGAAGGCUGAACAGUGCACAUCAUGCUUAAAUUUUCCAAGUUUAUAAGCAACAACACACUAACCUCACCAUUUGCAAAGCUUAAAAAUAAAAUGCAAAUUGGAACAAUUUGUGUGGCUGAAAAGGUUACUUUUGGUAAUUGUGAUUUUUUUCCAUGCUAUUAAAAAGGCAAGUAGUGUGGGUGUGAAUUUGGGAAAAAUCUUGACCACUUGCAUGGAAACUGGCCAUAUAUUUAAAGAAAUGGGUAACUUCCUGCUAGUGAAGAUUCAAACUUACCUGAAUCUUUCUCUUCUUCGCCUUUUUAGAGAAAUAAUGGUCAGAGAAAGUGAAGUUGAGUGGAGCAGUAAUUAUUGCGACUUGCCAUGCCACAGAAUUGUCCAACCAAGCAAAAAAUUUUAUGCUGCGGCAACAGGCCCAGACGAUGGUGCAAAGAACAUCAUUCUAGAGCUUAGCAGUAAACCAGAGUGUAAGAAAACCAAAAAAGCGAAAGAUUGUGAUCCAUUUGGGGAAUGGAUAAAGGGGCACUCCCGCGCUUAUGGAAUUGGAACCUCACUGUAUGAUUGCAAUCCAAUCACAAAGUUAUUUUCGGGAGAUCCAGUAGCUGAUGUCUUUGCAGUGAUUGCUGGAGAAAACAGUUGCAUUCUUGCUCUAGCUGAUGGCGUAAACUGGGGAGAGAAUUCAAGGUUAGCUGCAAGAUGCGCUGUAGCUGGAUGCCUCCAUCAUUUAAGCCAGCAUUUGUACACAGCAACUACAACUCGAGGAAUCAUGUGCAUGCUCUUUGAAGCAUUUGAGAAUGCACAGAAAUGCAUCAUUAAUAAGAAUGCAACGAUGACAACUCUUUGUGUGGCUGUUGUUUGUCAACUCAAAGAAAUGGACAGAUGGGGACUUUGUGUUGUCAAUGUUGGGGACAGCCUUGCCUUUGUUCACAGAAAAAGCAAAGGUGUCCAAGAGGUCACUAUUGGCUCCCAUUAUGACACCCAGGAGAGAGACAUGCGUGAUCCUGGUGGCUCUUUGGGUCCUGUGGAUGGCUACAACCCCGAUUUGAGAAAUUUAACUUUCUCAUUCACCUUUCUCGACGCAGGAGACAUUGUCUUUCUUACUAGCGAUGGUGUUUCUGAUAACUUUGAUCCUGUGAUAGCUCAGUGUAAUCACUGUACAAGUCCUGAACUAGUACGAACCCACAGCCUUGACUCCAUGCUGCAUGAAAUCAAUAGGAGUGCUAGGGAUCAGGAAGUAAUUUCGUCCCUGACUAGUAGCAGCAGAAGUGAUCAGGACAUUCCACAGCGCACGUAUGAUGCUCCCAUUGCAAGGCACCAAAAGAUGCUUGCUGACAUGACAGAGGUAAACCAAGCACUUGUAUUUAUUAUAUUUCUAGGAUAGUAUGGGUACUUUACCUACACAGUGCAUCUCUCCACUCAGGAGUGUAAAUAGGUAUCCAGUGAAUUGUCAGGGAAACCUGAUAAAAUGCUGGGGAGGGGCGGAAGGGUAAUUGGAAAUGGACAAGCAUCCCACCUGGGGGGGGGGAGAGGGAGGGGAGAGCAAUACUCCUUGUCACCACAUGUCAUGGGAGGUAGAAUUAAUUUCCAGGUUCAAUUGUCAUGGUCUUGUCUUCUUUAUAGCCAAUAUCAUACACUAAGCUUCAUUCUCAUUAGGAGAAAGCAUGAAUUUUGAAAAGUUUAAUUAAACAAUGGCAACAGAAGAGAAAACAAAGUUGUCAUAUAGUUUUCAUAGGAGAGAGACACCUUCAUCUUGGCAUGUCUCCUUACGUUUUCAAUUUGAAAUCCUUGGAAGAUAGGUGCAGUGGAAUAGCCUCUUGCAUGUUAUCAUUUUACUUCAGUUCAAAAAAGUUGGUUGUCUUCACUUUUUAUUGCACAUUAUGUCUUAAUAUGUUUUCACUUUUCCUUCUAGGUGAUCCAGAAAGAAAGUCUCGAAGAUCAUAUCUCAGCACGCCAUGUCUGUGCCAAGCUCCUUUCACAUGUUAUAGUGUGCACUGACAAAAAGCGCAAAUAUCUGGAGCAAAUCAGCAAAGAUGAUCAGCGCUUAACUACAACAGACAAGAGAUAUCGGCGAGCCAGAGAUAAAGAAAUUUCCCGGCAUAUGCGAGACCUGCCAGGGAAGCUAGAUCACGCAGCGGUGGUCGCAUUUGAAGUUGGCCACUUCUCAGCUGAGCCUGACCAGCCAGAGUCAGAACAACAGAUUGAUGGAAAACCUAAGCUGAGCAUUAUAAACUUUUUCCGUGGAUGGAAGAAAAAUGGAAGAAGAGUGUCAGAGGAAGAUUAUAACAAUUCUAUUGAAUUAGUUGCCACAGAUUCUUUUAAAGAGCUCUACUCCUUAUUUGGUAGUUAGAGGAUUCUCAUAUGACAGUCUUGUCCACACAUCCUGUAACCGUUUUAAGCCAUUCUGACUGAGAAGUUUAACUAUGUUGGAGCUGACAUGUGCAGCUGUUCAAUUUUUUUUACCUUAGAUAUUUAGUGAAGUGAACUCUCUCAAACUACUUUAGAAUGCGGAAAACUGACAGGACUUUUUCAUCUAAUUCUUCAAUCAUAUGUGUUUCAAAAUCAUAUGUGCACAUUCUUAUGUUUAUAGAAAGUUUGUACAUAACAUUCCAAAAUGUAUUUAGUGCUUUAAAGCUUCUAGAAUAUUUGUAUGAAUCAUUUAGUUAAACAGUUGAAGAUUAGGGGUUGUUAAACAUUAAGAAAAGAUUUUGUAGUAAUGCUACACUAAAAUUAUUAAUGGGCUUUUUCAUGUUAGCAUCAUUUUAUUUAUGCUUCUGGGAUUAAUUUCUGUCCCUUUCAUAAAUACAUCUAUUAAUCUCAGUACACUGAAGUUGAAAUUUCAAAAAAAUUAAAACCCAGAAGAAUUCUGAAUUCUGUAUUUUCUAAUUUUUAUAUUGAUUUAUGGAGAAAAGCAGACACAUAAUAGAUCUAAAAUUAGAUUUUAUGACUAGUUAGGGAAUAAAUUGAUAGUUUUUCUUUAGUUCUAAUGCAUCACAGGAGUACAUUUUUUAAAAGAUAGUACACAUUUCUUGAGAGAAGUAUCUGUCAGUGUAUUAUUGUGACUAAAUAUAGCAUUUCUUUUUAUAGAAAUAAAUUACAGGAGUGCCAGUUGCUAUGUGCUGUUUACCAGAUAUUUUAUUUGUCUUGCCUAGCAGGCAGGGAUAACCUACAUGACGGAUUGGAUUACCUUAACACUAACACAACACUCCCAAAAGUGUUUGACAUGCAAAUUCUCCUCACAAUUUUUGUAUAUAAUUCACUUAACUUGUGACGAGAAUAGACACUUCAAUCAGAUUAAGAGAGCUAUGUUGAUGUAAUAACAAAUUCCUGAAACUGUUUGCAUGGAAAUGUACAGCAGCAGAACAGGAGAAUUACAAAUCAUAUCUUUGGAGUUAAAGUUUCAAGAAAAUUCAUGCAUGGCCUUGACACUUGACAUGUAAUGUGAUCAAUCUACACUUGCAGUUUUCAUUAGAAUUAUGGAAAUCAUUGCUCAUCAACCAACAAAAUGUGAUUGCCACUGCAAUUCCUUAAAUUUGGAUAAGAAGUUUGUUCUACUUAGUUUGAGCAUUUUUAUGUUGACAUUUAGGGCUACAGGGUGUGGCAGAAUUCUCAUGACUGAGAUUGACAAGUGCAAGCCAUCUGGGCCAAAGUUGUACUUUGAUGCACUCUAAGUUAUAUUCUUAAAAAAAAAAAAACAAACAAUUUGCGUGUGUUCAGACUUCUGUUGUAUUUAUAAAUAGAACAGAUUGCCUUUUUUGAAAACAGAAUUAUAGUGAAUUGUAUAUGUUCCUAGUUAAGGAGAUCAGAG